GGUGUCUCAAAAGGAGCACACAAAUUAGAGAAAUUUAAGAAAGCAAAACUAAAGAGAGAGAGAUAACAAGUUUUUCUUUUUCUUGUCUUCUCUCUUCCAAAUGGAAAACAAUAACAAAUCAGAAAGUGAUAAUGAGAUGGAAAUUGAUCUUAGGUUGAAGCUUGAUGCUAGAGAGGAAGAAAAUGAAGAAAACAAAAUUGGAGAACCAUCACAAUUGACUGAGAAAACACAAGCAAAAGAUCAAGAAAUACCAAAAAAUGACCAAGAGUUAUCGAUGCUAGAAAAGGAGAUGAAGAGGAUGAAAGAGGAGAACAAAGUAUUGAGGAUGGCAGUGGAGCAAACAAUGAAAGAUUACUAUGAUCUACAAGCAAAAUUCUCAGCUAUUCAUCAAAAUAAUCACAAGGAUCACAAAAAUUUUCUUUCAUUGAGUGGAAAUGAUGAUAGUACUACUAGUGAAGGACUAACUACAAGGGUUCCAAAAAUCUUGGAUAUUAUAAAUACUACUAAUAGAACUUCAUCACCAACAUCUCAUGAAGAUGAUACUAUGGAUGGUGAUCAAUUAGGGUUAUCUUUGACUUUGGUUAGUAGUAACAGCACCACAUCAAGCAAAUUAUUGGAAAUGCUAGAAGAAGAUCAAAGAAAGGAGAAAAAAGAAGACCAUCCUACAAUUACUCAUCAAAUUCAAAAUAAUAAAUCACAAAAUUUGGGAGGAUUAACAAGUCAUCAUGUCACUACUGCUUCACCACCAAACAGAAAAUCUAGGGUUUCCGUCCGGGCAAGAUGUGAAUCGGCUACAAUGAAUGAUGGCUGCCAAUGGAGGAAGUAUGGUCAGAAAAUUGCUAAAGGAAGUCCUAAUUGUCCUAGAGCUUACUACCGUUGCACGGUGGCGCCUGGUUGUCCCGUCAGAAAGCAGGUGCAAAGAUGUUUGGAGGACAUGUCAAUAUUGAUCACAACAUAUGAAGGAACACAUAAUCAUCCACUUCCAGUAGGUGCAACAGCAAUGGCAUCAACAGCAUCAGCAGCAGCUUCAUUCAUGUUAGUGGAUUCAAGUAUUAGCCCUCUUCUUAACAAUCCCAAUUCCAGCUUAAACCAACCACUUAAUUUCCCUAAUUACCAUCAUAAUUUAGCACCUAAUUACCAUCAUAAUAUUCCAAACUCAUCCUCUUCUUCUUCACUAAUACCUUAUAACCUUUCCAUGAUAAGAAACAACAUCCUUAAUUCUAGUGAUCCUAAUUCACAAGGGAACAUAGUACUUGAUCUCACCAAGAAUAUUUCUAAUAACCAUCAAUUCCCCUUUGCAAGUUCUUCUUCAAAUUCUCAUGAAAUGGGCCAUUCUAAUUGGAUGCCUAAAUUGCCUAAUUAUGAAGGGAACAGCCUUUUAGCUGGUCCUAAAUUACAAGGUGAACAUCAUUAUAGUCAUAAUAAUAAUAAUAUUCCUCCUACGUUGGCUCAUGAUGAAAAUAUGAGUGCAAUUGCUGCUGAUCCUAAGUUUAGGGUUGCUGUGGCCGCUGCUAUUUCUUCACUCAUAAAUAAAGAUCAAAGCCAUUCAACUGGAGAGAGUAAUGGUGGCUCUAUUAAUAGGCACACAGAUUCUUGACACAUACAAGAUCGAAUAACACACAGAGGCGAAUUCAAGAUUAUGAAUUAUACUUUUAGGGUUGAUAUAAGCAUUAAACUCAUUGUAAUUUUUGAAUUAUAGUUCAAAUGUGUUAUGUAUUUGUUACAAUUUUAGUACUUCUUUUUUAAAAGUUCUAUGUUUUAGUAUCAGAAAAUACGGCGGUGAUUUGAUUGUUCCA